UACAUCGAAAGACCGAAUACAGCGGAGCCACGAAGGAACCUCGCUUUGCAGGAAGAACAAGAUAUCGUUUUCUCAAGAACUGGAUUUGCCCCGGUUCUUCACCGCCAGCUCGAGCUCAGAUUUCAGCGCGCGCUCCAAGAGACCUUCAGCUGGAUGGUGGCGUGAAGAAUUGUCCUUUGCAAUCUUCUACAGCUUCCUAAUGGCGCUGAAUAACUCUGCAGUGGGCUUAGAAGUCAUCUUGGCGAUGGACCAACUGUUGGAACUCACCCCUUCCCACGUCACCCCUAAACCCCUGGAGGCCACAGUGAUGACUCCAUGGGACGUGGCCCUGUGCAUAUCAGGAGCCCUCAUUUGCUGUGAAAAUGCAAUCGUCGUGGCCACCAUCUUCUCCUCGUCAUCUCUACGGGCACCUAUGUUCCUGCUAAUUGGCAGCCUGGCCUGGGCGGACUUCCUGGCAGGGGUGGGACUCCUUUUGCACUUCCUGUCUCGCCGGUGUGUGUACUCAGAAGCUCUAGAGCUGGGGAGCGUGGGUCUGUUAGUCAGCGCGUUCAGUGCGUCCGUGUUCUCCCUGUUGGUAAUCACCCUGGACCGUUUCCUCUCACUACAUCGCGCUCUGACUUACGGAUCCCGCCGCACGCACACGCAAACACGCUGCGCUCUGGCCGUCGGCUGGACUCUUGCGGGUCUUCAAGGUGCCCUGCCUGCCAUGGGCUGGAAUUGCUUGCACGAUGGAGAAUCCUGCAGCGUUCUUCGCCCUUUGACCCGAGUGCACCUGGCGACCCUGUGCAGCGGCUUCCUGCUAACCUUGGCUCUGAUGCUGCAGCUCAACGCCCGUAUCUGCCGGGUCGUACUUCGCCACUCGCAUCAAAUCGCCCUCCAGAGACACACGCUCCCAUCUGCGCGCACGCACACGCGCCGUCGGGUUCACACGCUCGCCCUCAUCCUCGCCACAUUUGCUAGCUGCUGGAUGCCCUUCGCCUUGUAUGGUCUCUUGGGCGACGGAUCGUCCCCAGCUCUGUAUACUUAUGCCACAUUGGUUCCGCUCACAGGAAACUCUAUGCUGAACCCACUGAUCUAUGCCUACAGAAACACACACAUACAGAGAGUGCUGCGACAGGCCUGCUGCUGUUGUCUACCAAACACACCCAACAAAAAUACACACACUCCCAGUGAUGUCUAACAUCAUGUGCUGUAAGCACGUCUGAACACUUCGGAAGAUUCUAUGGUGCCAUACAAGAUUCCGUUUCACAUUUUAUGUCUGUUCCUGUUUGGGAAUAUCACUGUGCCAGUUGCCAAAUGUCCUGUCUCAACGGUGUUAACAUGACCACUGUCAGUGACCUGAUCUCAUCUGCAUCAUUUUAUUAAGUGGUACAAAGGGUUUAUGGAACUGUGUGUGCCCUUUUUUAUUUUAUACUGAAGACUGCCACCGUAUCCUUUUAGCUAG